GCAUCCGCUUUGUUUACACUGCAGACGCUGUCACAAAUGACUCCUAAAAGGUGAUACCAAGAAUGCAAGGAAUGCCCCAGUAGUCACAGCUAGAAAUACGCAAAAGCUAUAAUGCUUCUAAAUCCGGACAUGCUUCCCCAACAAGAUGGCGCCAUGUCCAUAGAGCCGCAGUAUGAUGGGGUCAUAAUGCUCAGUCCUGAGGCUGUGCUCUUCAGCGAUGCAAAGCCUAGACCUGAUGGACGGAAGGUAUACCACGUAUUUGAGCGAACCCCAGGGGACGGGCCACGGGAUGAGGCAGCACAGAAUGAUGACUUUAGGUCCAGAAGAGAGCAGCUCUUUUCUCAGGCACAUGAGAAUACCAUACACAACAUACAGCAGGUGCUGGCUGAAAGCGGGCUAGUCAACCAGGACUGGUGUGAAGGGAGCCUGGGGGACACAGCCGAGGGUACACCAGUAGCACCCACUAACAACCAUUCUACAGAAGUCCACAAUAUCACCCAAACUACACAAAGUAAUGCCAACACACAGACCUGUCUUGAUCAUCAACUACAGCCUCCACCACGUAAGCUCCACCAAUUUGAAAUGGUGUUCCCCAUUGAGCCAUACAGCUGUGUGCAGAAACGACGGCUCCUAAGGCGCUUACGCCGCAAAGGAGUUGGACAAGUUGAGUUAGAACCUGAAAACCACCGCAUUAAUGUCACCACACGGAGAUCAGCCAAUGUAAUCUUGUCUGUCCUGCGAGGAGUCGACCCAAAUGCCAGGCUAUUGGGGACAUUCCGGGAAACUUUAAUAGAGGAUAACAUAGAUCCAGAUUCUGUUGAGGUUGUGGAUGGAUUAUAGGAUAAGGAUAGGUGCUAGACCCUAUGGUUGAUAAAGCUUUAGGGUCAGUAGUCAGAAUUUGUUAGCCAUGAAUGACCAGGGAGUAGUUAGCUGCCAGGAGUUUCUAAGUAAAGAUUUAUAUACUGUGAGCGAGCGUGGACACAAGCAGAAUACUGUAGUCAACUUGCAUGUUGGUUUCAUACCUCAUAGAACUGCAGAAACAUAACAUAACCUGCUCUGGGCUGUUCUCAUGAGAUUUGCCCAUAUUUGUGCACAUCUGCAAAGGCAUUUGAACUUUUAUUAUAUGAGCUAUUAUAAGGGAUGGAUGAUAUAAUGUUCAAAAUGUCAAACAGUGCAUCCCUCAAAAUUGUUUAUAAUGAGGUGGUUGGGUUUGAAAGCCACCCGUUGAAAGACCGGCUAAAGUUGGGUUCAGAAUUGGAGUGGGAUCAGUUUGUUCCUCUCAGCUUAACAUCAUGCUUUUCCCUAGGUGGAGGAAAAGAAUAAGCAAGUCCAGGAAAUGUAUAAAUGAAUUGUUCUUCAGUAAUUUGUAAUCACAGACCAUUCCUUUUUUUUUCUUCUUCAUUUGUUGAUGAUGAUGGAUUAAUGUAGCUGUACAUUUCAGUUGAUGAAGGAGGUUGUAAUAAUCAUAUGCCAUGCCCUUGUCAAUAUCAAGAUGCCCAGAAUAGAUACUGUGCACAACAGACAUUGUUUGUUGUUGUUGUUUUGGGGGGUGGGGGGUCUGACAGUAUUGAAGCAUUAAUAUUUUUUUCUAGAGGUGUACAUUUAAUUCUAAUCUCUGUGACACUUAAAGGUGAACAUUUUCUAAGACCAAAAUUAAUGGUAAGAACCAAAUGUGAAAGUCAUACUGUGCAUUACUUCAGCACGGAAAUACUUUAUGGGUUAGCAUUCAUUAUGUUUAAAGUGAGUGUUAAGUUGAAUAACAUAUUGACAGCUACAGGGUACCUUCAAAUCUCAUGUUAUAGUGAGUUCUAGUCAACA